AUGUGGAAGGGGAAUGUAGAGCAGAUAGAGCACGACGCGCUGAGGGAGACGGACACGGGAGAUCUGGUGGACAGCUUACGGGUGUCGUUUUUCUUGCACAUCUACCACGAGAAUCAGACUGCGGGAGGGAUCAAAUCCUUGCUGUACCUGCGCGAGGCCAUUACCAAGGCCCAGCUUCUACGAGUUGACCGUGAGGCGACAUACUCCUCCUUAGAUGGCUCUGACCAGCAGCUUCUUCGACGGCUGAUCUGGUUAUUGUUCGUCACCGAGCGAGGCGUUGCGAUGCUUCACAAGCUUCCUGUCGUUCUUCGCCCGAAUACAUUGUUUCCCUGGGCCACCGAUCAUUCCCGUGAUGAGGUGCUCCCUGCAUUUCUGAAGCUCGUCCACCUCUUCUACGUCUUUGAUCAGUCCGGCAUCUUUGAGCUCUUGCGCAACUCGGACACCGACGUCUCCAGCAUGGAGGCUCUGGCCAGAGGCUGCCUCGAGCUUCUCCAGCGGAAGCUUGUCGACAGCGACAGAAGCGGCGACGGGGACGGAGGCAGCAGCGACGUGCAAAAGGCUGACAUCUUUGUCACGAGGCAAUGGAUGCGAGCCGUGUUGUGGAGGGCGGCGAAGAAAUUUGGCGUCGUCGUGGAUGGCAUUGAUCCGGUUGGUGUCGCUUGUGAGUUUCUUGCUCUCGUGAGCCGACUGCCGACGACGGCGUUGGAGUCGCAAGGCCCGACACUUGAGUUCAAGACGUAUGAGAUUGCCACCGCUGUCGUGGACGCGGUGAUGGACAGACCUCACUCCCCUCCGACGACAGCUACAACACAACUCACAAUGGCGUGGGCAGAACCUCGAAACACCGGCAUGGUCUACCGCCGCCUCGGGCGGUCCGGCCUUCAUGUCUCAGCCAUCAGCCUGGGCAGCUGGCUGACCUACGGCGGAUACGCAGACGAAGAGAAGACGCUGGCCUGCGUCAAGAAGGCGUACGAUCUGGGCAUCAACUUCUUCGACACGGCAGAGAACUACACCGCUGGCAAGGCGGAGAUUGCGCUGGGAAACGCCAUUAAGAAAUUCGGCUGGAAGCGGAGCGACUUGGUCAUUAGCACGACUGAUGGGUGUCCGAACGAAGAGAUCAAUUGGGGUGCGCAAAAUGGCGAGAUUCUCGUUAACAACCACGGCCUGUCACGAAAGCACAUCAUUGAGGGCUUGGAAGCCUCGCUUGAGCGCCUGGGUCUGAAAUAUGUCGACAUCGUCUACGCGCAUCGCCCUGACAGGCUGACGCCGAUUGAGGAGACUGUGAGGGCAUUCAACUAUGUGAUUGACAAGGGCAUGGCUCUUUACUGGGGCACAUCUGAAUGGAGUGCCGAGGAGAUUGCCGAAGCAGUCGGCGUGGCUCGAGACCUACGGAUGAUCCCACCCAUCGUCGAGCAGCCCUUCUACAACAUGCUCGUGCGCAACAAGGUCGAGGGCGAGUUCCAGCGCCUCUACGCACGCCACGGCCUCGGCCUGACGACCUUCAGCCCCAUCAAGAUGGGCAUCCUCUCGGGCAAGUACAACGACGCCGUCGACGGCAAGCUGCCGCCCGACUCCCGCUUCGGCUCCAGCCAGGACAAGUUCGCCAAGUUCAUGCGCGAGAAGAUCGGAUCGUCGGGCGACGACGAGUGGAAGAAGGAGAUCGAGACGGUCAGGAGGCUCAAGCCCGUGGCGGACAAGCUGGGUAUCUCGCAGAGCCAGCUGGCCGUGGCGUGGUGCCUCAAGAACGAGAACGUGAGCAGCGUCAUCACGGGCGCGAGCAAGCCGGAGCAGAUCGAGGAGACGGUCGGCGCGCUGAAGAUUCUGGAUAAGCUGACGCCGGAGGUCAUGGCUGAGAUUGAUGAGAUUACGGGGGCCAAGGUGACUCUUGACCCGGCGAGGCAGGACUAA